AUGGCGAACGACGAAAACAAGAAGCUCGUGGCGAUCCAGGCAUCGGCCAAGGACCCUACGCAGACCGGAAAGGAGGGGAAGGAGAAGAAUGGCGACAAGAAGAAAAAAGUCGAAGAUGAGCUGACAGAGGAAGACAAGAAAAUCAAAGAGGACAUGGAACUCCUCGUGGAAAGGCUGCAGGACCCGGAACCAGGCGUCGUCGCCCUCGCGCUCCAGACGCUGUCUGUACAGCUGAAGGCGGCCACGUCUUCGAUGACGAGUGUGCCGAAACCGCUCAAGUUUCUUCGUCCCCACAUUCCUGUCCUCAUCGCCCACUAUCACCGCCUAGCGCCUGACGACAAAAUCAAGCCGGAUUUCGCGAUGGUCCUCGCUGUUCUCUGCACGACCUGCGGCGACGGCCAGCGGCGCUCUCUGCACUUCUGCUUGGAGGGCGGGUGCAGAGACAUCGCGAGUUGGGGCUUUGAGUUUCUUCGCAACCUCGCGGGUGAAGUGGCGGCGGCGUUCGCAGACAUCCACGGCGAGGAGAAGAAGGCAGGCGCGGUGGAAGAGGAUCUGCUCGCUUCCUCAGACGCCGCGGCCGGCUCUCCAGAGAGCCCUGCGCCCGGCGAGACAAAGGCCGGGGAGGCCAAGAAGCCUGCUGAAGAGGAGGCGAAGACGAAGAAGCCGUCUCUGGCGCUGCAGAUCUCGAUGGUGGUGCCGCUGCCGACGCUAGCUCAGCUGAACGCGGUGGUGGACUUGAUUGUGCCGUACUACAUGACACACAAUGCGGAAUGCGACGCGAUCGACCUGCUCUCUGAGGUGGAGCGCGUCGAGAGCGUCGCGGCUCACGUCGACAGCAACAACUUCCAGCGCGUGACUCUGUAUCUCCUUGCGAUGGCGAACUACGCGGCGUCUCUGGAGGAGUACACGCGCGUCCUCGGCGUCGCCUACACGAUUCUGCUCGACCAGAAGCAGUGGUUUGACGCGAUGCGGGUGGCUCUGAAGAUGCCGAACUCGGACGCGGAGAAGACCGAGAAGAUCCAGGCUGUCGUCGAGCAGUGCCGCGCUGCCGGGGACCCGCUGAUGGUGAAACAACUCGCGCUGCUGCUCGGCAGACAGGGCGUCGACUUUGACUUCGAGGAUGAACAGACCCAGCGCCUGAACAGCGGGGAAGAACUGUCGAACUUCUUUCUCCUCCUCGCGAAGGAAAUGGACGUCCUCGAGCCCAAGACGCCGGAAGACGUCUACAAAACUCACCUGGAAGACGGCGCGAGUCGCAGAGGCGCCGCCGCAGCUCUCGACAGCGCCAAGCAAAACCUCGCGUCCACCUUCGUAAAUGCACUCGUCAACGCAGGCGCUUGCAAAGACAAGCUGAUGCUUGCAGACGGAGGUUCCUGGCUGUACAAAAACAAAGAGCACGGGAUGAUGUCUGCCGCAGCUUCACUCGGUGCCAUUCUUCUGUGGAACGUAGACGAAGGCUUGUCUCACCUCGACAAGUACCAGUACUCCUCAGACGCAAACAUCAAGGCCGGAGCACUCCUCGGUUUCGGAGUGCUGAGCAGCAAUGUGCGACACGAAUGCGACGCGGCGUUCGCUCUGUUGAAAGAUCAUCUUGAAGACUCGGCGGAGGGGGGGCGCAGCGCGCCAUGUCAGAAGGUCGGAGCAGUCGUUGGCCUGGGCUGCGCUCAUGCAGGCACAAAGCGCGUCGACGUCAUGGAGGCUCUGACCGUAGUGAUUGUCGACAGUUCUCUGCCGGUCGAGUGCAGCGCCUUCGCCGCGGUCUCCCUCGGACUUGUGUUCGUCGGCAGCUGCAACCAGGAAGCGGCGGAGGCGAUUCUUACGACGCUCAUUGACCGCUCCUCCGUCGAGAAGGGCCUGGACUCGCCGUUGUGCUACUACUUUGCGUUGGGAUUGGGGCUGUUGUUUCUGGGUGCGCGCGACGCAUGCGAGCCGACGCUCACUGCCCUCGAGGCACUGGGCUCCGCGGCGCCGGCGGAGACGCAGCUGCGGACCUGUCUCCUCGCGGCCUACGCCCAGCGGACUGUCGAAGGACUCGCAUACGCCGGAAGCGGAGACGUUCUGAAGGCCCAGAAAUUCCUCAGUUUCUGCGGAGAAGCGCGAGACAAGCAGUACUGGGCCGACCUUCUCAACUCGAAGUCCGGAGAGGAGGCAGAGAAGAAGGAAGAGAAUGGGCAGGAAGAGAAGAAGGAGGAUAAGGAGAAGCAGGAGAAGCAGGAGGAGAACGAGAAGAAACAGGAGAAGGAGAAGAAGGAGACCGACGUCGGUGGGGUGACAGGAGCUACGCGGGCGAGAAACCUGGCAGGGUCCGAAGACGAGGAAGAUGAAGAAGAUGGACGGAAGUUAGACCAAGCUGUCGCCGUCAUGAAUCUCGCUCUCCUCGCCUUCGCCGAAGAUGUCGGAGCUGAAAUGAGUCUCCGCAUGAUGGAUCACCUUCUGCAGUACGCGGACCUGCCGCAGCGUCGUGCUGUGCCGCUCGCGCUCGCCCUGCACUCGCCUUCUCGGGCGAAGCCGGGGGUAAUCGACACUCUGUCGAAGCUAUCUCACGACGCAGACGCGGACGUCGCUCUCAACGCCAUCUUCGCCAUGGGCGUCGUCGGCGCAGGCACAAACAACGCACGCAUCGCUGGACUUCUUCGAUCUCUCGCUUCCUACUACGGCCGAGAUGGAAAUGCACUCUUUGUUAUCCGACUCGCGCAAGGCCUUCUCUACAUGGGAAAAGGCCUCCUCACGAUCAAUCCUCUCCACUCCGACAGAUUUCUCAUCAACAACGUCGCCCUCGGCUGUCUCUCAGUCAUCAUGCACACUUGCCUCCACAUGCGGACAACGAUUCUCGGAAAGUACCACUAUUUGUUGUACUACCUCUUCCCGGCCAUGCAGCCGCGGAUGCUGUUCACGGUCGCCCCCGUCAGUCAGUUGCCGCAGGCCCAGCCGAGCGCAGAGAGCGCGGAGUCUCCGGAGUCGAGCGCCGGAGUGCCAACCGCGGGCGCGGCUGGAGAGACCGAGGAGACGAUGGAGAAAGAAGUGGAUGUCGCGGAAGAAGAACUCAAGAUGGCUUGUCUCUCGGCGCGCGUCGGCGAGGCAGUGGACAUCGUCGGGCAAGUGGGGAGACAGCCGAAAACGAUAACGGCCUUCCAGACGCACACAACGCCAGUGCUCCUCAGCUACAGCGAACGUGCAGAGCUCGCGACUGACGAAUAUGUACCUCUCGCGAACGUCCUUGAAGGCGUAGUCAUCGUCAAGAAGAACCCAGACUUCAGACCUGCCACGACUGCCUGA